AUGUCCGGCCGUCAAGGAGGUAAAGCCAAGCCGCUCAAGGCUCCGAAGAAGCAGAACAAGGAGCUUGAUGAUGAAGACCUUGCCUUCCAGAAGAAGCAGAAGGAGGAAGAGGCUGCCAGGAAAGCUGCUGUUGCCAAGAUGAAUGGUGGUAAGAAGAAGUAG